GUCAGACGCUUGUCACAGCAGUAGCUCCUCAGAUAUUAUGGUUUCGAAAAGAAAUAGAAAACAUGGAUAAAAAGAAGAAACCCUUCGAUGUGACUGCUUCAUCGCUCGUCGACCUUAAAGCUGAACUGUUCAGAAAACAGGAACAAUUCAAGCAGGACAAACUUGGGCAUGAAAAUGCUGCUGGAUUCACUUCAAAAUCCAAAGUCAAGAAACCUAAUGUGUGGAGCAAACAAAAUGCUGGUGUUUCAGCAAGAGCGGAGAAAGAUGCAGAGCAGCUGGCUGAGGAGCAGAUCAGUCUGGAUAAAUCAAAAAGCAAGUUGGAGGAGAAAGCCAAACUCUACGAGCAGAUGUCCAAAGGAGACUUUCCAGAUGAAGAGACAGAGGGGCUGUUCCUGGUUGAUUUCACCCAGAAGAUUAUUGACAAGAAGAGAGAAACACUUGCACAGAAGGACAGAGAAAGAGAUGAUGAGGAAAGAGACAACUGCUCUCCUGUCCCUCCUCCUCAAAACCCAGAUGAGGAAUGGGUGGACUAUGUCGACUCUUUGGGCCGAUCUCGAAGAUGCAUGAAGAAGGACCUGCCAGGUUUUCAGAAAAUGGACCAAAACCUGAAAGGAAAAGGAAAAGCUUCAGCUGACUUACUCUCGGAGGACAUGCGUCGAGAGCUGCAGAGGCAGGAGUGGGAGAGGGAGGAGGAGGAGGCGAUGAAGAAGCCUGUCGGGCCGAUCCACUACGAGGAUAUCAGGGGACAAGAGGCUCGGGAUCUCGGUGUGGGUUACUUUGCCUUCGCCCAAGACGAAGAGCAGCGCAGAAAGCAGAGAGAAACUCUGGACAUGCUCAGAGACCAGACAACAGAGCAGCGCACUAAGAGGGAGCAACUGAAAGAAAAGAGGAAGGGCAUCCUGCAAGCCCGGCUGGCCAAGGUGAGGCAGAGGAAGAUGAAGACGGCUAAGCUCGAUGGCACUGAGGACGAGCAGAGAGAGGAGGAGAAUGAAGGAGAGGAGGACGAAAGUGAGUUGAUAGGACCGCCGCCUCCACCAGAGGACUCCCCCGAGGUCAGCACAGUGAAGAAGGUGAUAGUGGAGAUCCAGGAAAGGAGAGACACCAAACCAGGAGUUCCUCAUGUCAGAGAAUGGGACAGAGGCAAAGAGUUUAUGUUUAGUGAGUGGACAAGUCGGCGUCGCGAAGAGCGAGAAUCAGAAUUUGCACCUCCCUCUGCAUACUUUACGGAGGAGAAGAGACAAAGACCAGGGAUGAAUACCGCUCAGAAUAAAUCCAAGAUGUCCUUUAAGUGGACCAAAGACCCAGAAGGAAUCUCUGAGAGCCAAGAGGAGCCAAAAUCUCAGCCUGAAAAAUGUGCUCCUCCACCUGCCCAACCUCAGCAAAGUCCUCCACCUCCUCCACAACCACAGACCUCAUCACAGUCAGCACCUUCAGAUCCCCCAGCAGAUUCAGCUCCUGUGUCUGCUCCUCCUUUUAAUCCCCAGUAUCCCCCUCCUACAUUUUACCCUCCGUUUCCUCCUCCCCAAUUUCCUGGACCACCUCACGUGUUUCCUCCGUUUCCCCCAAAGUACCCGAACCAGUAUCCCCCCCAGUAUCCCCCCCAGUAUCCCCCAAUAUCCCCCCAAUAUCCCCCCCAGUAUUCACCUCAGCUGCAGAGCCAGUCCCAGCCUCAGCAGCCGCCCCAGUUUGUAGACCUCAGCCAGAGCCAGCAGCCUGCACAGAGUCUGGAAGACAUGCUGUCCUUCUACAGAAACACCACCUGAACUCUAAAAUAUCUCAUUUAAUGUGUAGCUGGUUCAUAUUGAGAGUUAAAAUACUGCUGUUUCCUUUUCUGAGGAAAUCAUAGAAACAACAGAACAAAACUUCUCAGCUUUAUAGAAUUUAAUAAAUAUCUGGAAUUUAGCUAGACAUUGUUGACUUUUUUUUGUCGUUCUGAAAAAUACCGUUAACGGUCCAGUGAGUCAGAUUGAGUGGCACCUAUUGGCAGAAAUGGUAUAUAAUAUUUUUAACUGUGUUUUUAUUAGUUUGUGAUAGAAUCAUGGUGUUAUCAUUACCUUAGAAUGAGCUAUUUAUAUCUUGUUUAUUUAUGUUGUUUCUACAGUAGCCCAAAAACAAGCCCAAAACGAACAAACUGAACACUGGCUCCAGAUCGAAACAUUUGCGUUCUCGUGUUGGCCACUGUAGUUCUCCUACACCCUCGACACAUGGGAGAAGUUUCAGUUGGCUGUAAUCUGCAACCUAAGAUGCCACUAAAUCCUUUCACACUAGACCUUUUAAUUUCAAUUGGAAAGUGUUAUAUUUUCAGUUUUUAUACAUAUAAAGCCUCAGUUUCAUGCAUUUGUGUAUUGACAUGAGGGAACUAAAUGAGGUGGUCAUGCCUGCUUGGACACUGAGCUGCAGUAUGAAAAUAUCCACUAGAUGGUACUGUACACCUCCCUUUGCAAGUGACCAGGUUGGUGGCGUGCUGCAGGAUCUGUCUUAACUGUUGAAGACCUCAUUCUAGAGCCGCAGUGAUUUUCUUUGUGAAAGGAAUAAUUGGUAGUAUUGGUUGUAUUGGUAGAAUGUCAUAACAUAGUGAAAUAUAGUGAAAUAUGUCCAUCACAGUCUUUCAGCGUCUGAGACGAUAGCUGUAGAGGACUGUAUUUGUCCGACCAACAGUUCAGAAUCCGAAGAUAUUAAGUUUUUUGUCCCAU